UCGUGUAAUCCUUCUUCGCGAUGCUGAUUAAAGUAUUAGGUCUCCUUUUACUGCUAACAGGUCAGUCCUUAGGGAACCUGAGCCACCUGGGCCUUCAAAACCUGGGCCUUCAAAACCUGGGCCUACACAUCUCUGGAGGCGGUCAUAACUCUCGUCCUGGCCACUCGCACAGCCACAACAAUAACAACGCUCAAUGGGAAUACAACGCCUAUCUGAACGAGUACUACGGCAACCACUGGCAGCAGUUCUAUCAAGCUCAGUAUAAUCAGUUGUAUGGGUACUACAGUCCAUAUGGACCCUACGGCUACUACGGACCCGGACCCGGACCCUAUGAUCCCUACGGACACCAUGGCCAUCACGGUCAUGAGCCACCACCACCGGCAACAACCACAACCACGCCAGCUCCAGACACUACAACGUCAACAGAAAAAACCUCAACAGCGAUUCCAACAAGUACGGGAACUCCUACGACUUCCACUGCACUUCCCACCUCAACGGGAGACCCGACAACCUCAACGGCCGUAGCUACUCAACCAACAACCACGGUCUCCCCAACUACAUCCACUGCAGUUCCCACAUCAACAGGUCCCGAUACCACCUCUACAGCCUUGGCCUCAUCCAAUGCAGUUGCGCGAUACCGGGUUCACACCACCCCUUUGCCAUAUCCCUACGUGCCCAGUGCCCAGAUCAGUCCCUACGAUCUGCACCACCUCCAGCCUCAGCAUAUCUAUGUCCACGAUCCGUCAUUGGAUUCAUCAGCACAGCUCCCACCCGUCUUGAUACCCUAUGAUCAAGUUCACUUCGUUGCGAAGAAAUAA